CUUUAAAACUUCAUAACCAGAGAACGUACGUUCUCUUCCCUAUUAAAAUCAGCAGCGCCAUCUGAAGCAAAUUUUUGUUGUGUGAAAAAAUUCGCGCCAAAAUUUACGAAUUUGAUUGCAAAGGAAAUGUUUACAAAAACACGGGCUCUACGCUUUUACCACUGAUUCGCUUAUCUGACGUUUCAUCAUCGGGUACCUUUUCGCAUUUUUAUACUUUUGCCUUCUACAGCUUUCUUAAAUUAUUGUAAAAAUUUUCAGCCUGCUUUCGGAAUCAGAAAUUCUAUUGGAGUGGACUGGCUGAUUUGAAGCAGUGACAAAAAUCCGUGAAACAGUCAUCGGGCGAGUUUCCACAAAAAGAGGAGUGCGCUUAUGCCGAAGAGUUGUUGAAUUCAAGUGAGAAUAGCUGGGGCUGCUGAUAAUUGAUUCAUCCAUUCUUGGUUUGUUAUCUAAGUGCAACGCAAAAUGUAAAAACAAUGGACUAGUGCGCAAUACGUAACAAUCGCAAAGACAAAGUAGUCGGAAGCGGAAGUAAAUGCUAAGAUACGCAAAACUAAAAGUUUAAUAAAGUGGAUGCUCUUGGUUCCAUAGGAUAUUCCAAGAUUUAUUUCGUAGAAAUAACAUGUACUAUAAAUUCUUACAUAUAUAGGCACGCAUAUGUAAAGCUGAAGUAAAAGUCUGUAGCUGUAGGGCUGUUACAAUCAUCAGCAGCUGCUGUCAGUGUCGACGCCCACAAAUCGUUCGCUCGCUGUACACUGAUGUCAAUUACUUCAACUUGUUGCCCACUAUUGGGUUUACAGUUUGCAAACUAUUACUGACGAAGUUCUUAAAUCUAAAAGCGUUCGCUGGAAAAGAGGUCAAACAAUGCCCAAACAAAAAACAUGUAUAAUCCUCGCAAUACAAGAACCUAUGUUGGAUAAGCGGCAGGCGAACAUAUGUAUAAGACAAACGUGGGACACAGCACCUGCCGUCAUGCACAAUUGACAACAACAAGCCAUAAAACAAGGUCGUUUGUACAUUGCGUGUAAUCAACGUUAUCAAAUAUUAAAUAGUAAAGUAUUUUAAAACAACCGAUUACUACCGCACAAGACAAACGGCUAACCACCUAACCUCUGUGGCACAUCGCAACACGUUAGCUGCUAGGCUGCCACAAAAUGACCCUUGAUCGGCCGUUGUUUCCCAUCGAUCCGCUGCCUGCGCCCUCAGCGACAGCUACGCUGUUGACGGCGCCGUCAUCAUGGCACAUAAUAACCAGCGGAAAUUUAACAACACGCAGUGCAUUCCUUCUAGCUACGCGCGCAAUACGCCUAUUGCAACUCAAUUGGAAAGUAAUCACCUCCGCUGCACUUCUGACGCUCUUGGCCAUCGCUUGGUACUACCCGGCAUUUUUCUUUUUCUUCAUAUUUGUCGUCUAUUCGUUUUUUCUGCUAUUGGCAGCUGUCGCAAGCACUGUGUAUGUGCACUACAUCUUCAAUAGCACAGAGGCGCCGCCACCUAAACGUGAAUCAACACAUAUUCUGCACAAUGCAACCAAAAGCAGUAUUUUCGAUCUGCCCAAUCCCAUUAAGAAUGCAUCAAAUUUACCACUUAUUUUUGGCAAAACAGUUGACUUGCAGCUGCAGCAGAUAAUUGAAUAUGUACUGAGAGACUUUAUGACCCAUUGGCUGGGUCAUGUGGUUACCCAACCGAAAUUGAUGAAUGAUAUUGUGCGUGAGGACCUUUGGAAUGCCAUACAAAAGCUACACGACAGAGGUGUGAAAAUCGAUGCAGCUAAGAUCAUAGCUGUUGAUAUGGUGAAUCGUGUAACAGUGCAUUUAGAGAAGAUUCGAAUAGCUGAAGCAAGAGCCGCUGAAACCGGCAAUCCAAUUGUGUUCUCCACCAAUUCUUAUCUAGUGGACGAGGAAAUUGAAUUGAAGUUCUUGCGUCGUCUUAGCGAAAUUAUGAUAAUUCUUUUACUGCCACGUGGCUACUCACUACCACCGCUUAAAGUGCUGCUCAGCGAAAUACUAUCUUAUAAAAUAUUCUUUCCAUUGAUCAAGAUGCUCACCUCACCGGACUACAUUAAUCAGAAAAUUGUGCAAAAUAUAGAGACACGUCUGGCAGCAGCUGCCAUUAGUAAACGCAGCUACGAGUAUGCAGCCAGCUUCGAAGAUUUUCUGAAAGUCAUAAACAAUGCUGGCAAUUUGGAAGAGCUGUCGCUGAUACGCAAGAGCAUAGUGAAUGACUUGAUGCAUGCGACAACAAUGCAGAAUUUGCAACGUGCCAAAGGUCUUGAUCCAGACACGGACGAUCACAGCCUGUCAAAAUCCGAAAUGAAUGCUGCAGUGCGUCUGAAACGCUAUGUACAACAGCUGACAUUUGCAAAAGGGCAGUGCGAAAAGAAUUUAGCCAAGUAUGGUUGGAACGGAAAUUAUACCAGUGAUGCGGACUUAACGCUAAUUGAAGUUCUGAGCACCGCUAUUGGUCGCCGUUACUUGACCAUUUUUUUGGAACCCCUUAAAGCCAGCGCCCUAGUCGGCUUCUAUUUAGCUGUUGAAGAAUUAAAGCAUUCGCACAAAUCUUCAUGGCAUCAGUUGGGUACCGAAAUCUUUUACACUUACAUACGUGUGCCAAAGCCGGAGAUACAAAUCGACAAACAUGAACGCAAACUUAUAGAAACAUUUCUGUUGGGUGAUACAGGACCCGAUAUAUUCUACGACAUACAGAAGAAUAUCUUAAAAACACUAGAAGAAAAGUAUUAUGCCUCAUUUGUGCUGAGUGAACAGUAUCGGCAACUGCGUGAGGCGCUUAAUUCUGAUGAUUUCAAAGAUCCCACCUUAUUGCUACGUACAAUCAAUGGCAGCGAUGCUUCUUCGGAUGAGUCAAACACAGCGUUGGAGGGCGCUGACGGUGCUAAUGCAACAUUAGAUGUAGCGGCGCAUACAUCGUAUGCGCGUCGUAAGCUCGAACAGCUACAGGAGCGUAUAGAUAAGAAGAGUCAGGCAUUGGAUGCGUUAAAAUGUUCGGUGAAGCCUGAAUCUAAAGUUUUGCAGAUUUUGGAGAAGGAAAUGGAGUGGUUGAAAAAUGAAAAGCGACAAACGGAGACACAUCUCAAGCGCACCGAUGCGUGGACGGAGCACUUAGGCAAGUGGAAGGCGACGCUGCAGAGUGUAGAGAUUUCUGAUGAAAAAGAGUCACUACAAUUCAUGAUACUGGUGCAUGUGGACGAGGAUAUCAAUGUGCCGCGUGCAGCUAACAACAGCAGCGGUACAGAUAAACCCGGUGGGCUAUAUGCGCGACCCGGUGCUAUAUCAAGCGGUUGGGUGGUAAUGCGCUCUCUAAAUCAAGUGCAUGAGCUGCAACGCAAAUUGCGACACGUAAACUCAAAUAUAAAAUCACUCGAUUUGCCAACAAACUUUAAGUUUUUCUUUUUGAAAAAUGAUCGAAAUGCACUCGAAAAAGCUAAAGGACAAAUACAGAAAUUUUUGAAUUUCAUACUAGAAGAUGAUCACCUGAAUGGCAGUGAGGCUAUUUACAGCUUUCUUAGUCCCAGUUCGGAUCACCUAAAACAGACAUUACCUUCGCCGAAAAAAUCCAAAUUCUCACUAUCCACCUUAUUCAAAAGCGACGCUGCGAAAGCCGGUGACAUGAGUAAAGCUAAUGAUCCCUUUUGGGGCUUACAUCGAGAAGAUGAGGACAUUUCCACUUAUUUGGAAGGUGAUCCGGCUGUAGACUCAAAACUGUUGGCCGAUUUGGAUAGCAAAGAUUCGAUAGCAGAGCCGCUGUAUGCUUUGCUAGGCGAAAUUUUCGAUAUGGGUGGUCUCUUCAAAUGGCUGCGUAAAAGCUUGAUCUCAUUUGUUCAAAUCAGCUAUGGCAGAACAAUAAACAGGCAAAUUCGGGAAUCGGUGGCGUAUUUGUUUGAGGAAUCGAUGUUACACUACUACUUCUCAGCCAUUUUAAAAUCCUUUUGGCCCGGCGGUGUUCUGGCUUCCUCAUAUCCCGUGCGUUCCGAGGAUAUUAAAGAUAUGACACGCAAUGCUGCAAAGGAUUUGUUGAUGGACAAUAUACCUGAGGUGCUGUGCAAUUUAGUGGGCGCACAAACUGCUAAACACGGUGUGCUAAAGGUUUUCGAAGCCAUGCAGAAUCCCACGUACAAUAAGCAAUUAUUCUAUGAGCUGCUUGAAAUUCUUAUGACUGAAUUUUUCCCUGAAAUACGGCAGUUAAAGUUGCCUGGUGUGAAAUCUUCAGCCCAGCACUCGUCCGCAACCGCAACCGGCACUACACCAAAUCCCAAUCAUGCCGUCACAUCGCUGGUCACAACAACUACAACGACAGCAGCUGCUACGGCAGCAAGUUGUAGCAGUCAUAACAACAAUCAGCAAACAGCACACCAACAACAAUCAAAUGAAAAGCUGCAGCCAUUAAAAUUUCAACAGCAUCAUUUUGCAAGCAAUAAUGGUAAAUAGUUAGAUUGCUGUUGACCAGCUAGAAAUUUAGUAAGAGAGUAGUAAGAAAUCUUUUACAACCGUAAAUUGUUACCCCAGCGGGCAUUACACAUGCAUAUGUAUUGUCUGAAUGACAGGUAACGACCAACGCCUUCGGAAAUUUAGUUGGUAAUGUUAAGAAGAUGUGAUUUUUCGAAACGUUUUGUGCUAACUGCGCUAAAUUCAUUACAAUUUAUGAAUAUGUUUGUGUGUGCUAUUUAGUAUUAGUUAAGAGCGAAUAUUAUUAUGUUAAAAGUUUGCGUAAUACAAUUUCUGUGAAAUAUGAUAAAGUUCUUUGCAAAGAUAUGAUUUGUAUUAAUUAAGUUUUAUUUUGAUUUUUAACCUUUAAAUUUUUUCUUUUAUUUUUCAUUAAGUAUGCCUUUAUAUCUAACUAUGUACAAUUGCAUACAAACUAACAUAACAAAUUUUUUAUACAACUACUAACCAGUAUUAGUUAAGAAUCUUUUGAUUUUCAAUUGGAAAAUGCUUUAAAAAAUAUACGAACAAAACAAUGACAUUCCAAAGAUAUUUAUAUGUAGUAUAUCAAUGUUUGCAAAAUUUAAUAAAAAUAAUGUUAAUAUAACGCAAUGUAUAA